AUGGCGGACAAAAUCGGAAGAAACGAGCUUGCAGGUAGUGUUGUAGAGAAAGGUGGACUGGAUCACGUCGAGAUCGGAUCAGAGCACAUGGACGAGACUGUGAGCGGUCGAGCAGACGGUAUUGAGAGUCUAAUCCAAAACCCGCUGGCGCAUCGUUCUGUUGACCAGGUCUCUCGCGAUGUCGAGGUAUUCGCAUCCACUCACGGAUUGACUUCCAUCACUCCUAUACUGAUCAAGGGUGCACUUAUCGCAAGAGAUCCACCUGUGUUUACUGAGGUCCCCAAUUUAACUGCGCGAGAGACCGAAGCGAUCCGGAACGAGGUGCCUCACAAAUGGCGUCAACCUGCAGGACUGUACUUGAGUAUUGCUGUCUGUUCGAUUGGAGCCGCGGUGCAAGGCUGGGACCAGACAGGUCCCAAUGGAGCCAACCUCUCAUUUCCGGAUGCGUUGGGGAUUCCUGUUGGUCCUACAGUGCCAGAUUCGGACUUGCCAAAUCCAAACGCAGCGAGGAAUCAAAGGAUCCAGGGGGUCAUCAAUGCUGCUCCAUAUAUAGGAGCGGCUUUCAUAGGCUGCUGGGUAAGUGAUCCACUCAACAGCUACUUCGGCCGUCGCGGUGCGAUAUUCAUCACCGCAAUCUUCUGCUGCCUACCUGCCAUCGGCUCCGCCCUUUCCCAGACCUGGGUUCAGCUUCUCGUGACUCGUCUGCUGCUGGGCAUCGGCAUGGGCUUGAAAGGAUCCAUCACUUCGGUCUUCUGUGCGGAGAACAGUCCAACCUCUAUCCGAGGCAGCCUUGCCAGCUCCUGGUUCGUUUGGAAUUGUUUUGGGAUCUUUCUUGGAACAUGCGCAAAUCUGGCCGUGAAAGACACGGGGAAUAUAUCAUGGCGGCUGCAGCUGGGCUCGGAUUUCGUACCCACAGUUCCACUGGCCAUUGGGAUAUACUUCUGUCCGGAAAGUCCUCGCUGGUACCUCAAGGAGGGCCGUGUUGACAAGGCAUUCAAGUCUAUGUUGCGGCUCCGCAACACCGAAUUACAGGCUGCCCGAGACCUCUACUACACCUAUGCACAGCUCGAGGUUGAGCGAGCCCUAGUCCGGCAAGAUGGGAACUACUUCACUCGUUUUGCCCAGCUUUUUACCGUGCCUCGAGUCCGUCGCGCUACAACUGGUGCCUUUGUUGUGAUGUUCGCGCAACAGAUUUGCGGUAUCAACAUGGUCGCGUUCCACAGCGGUACGAUCUUCGUGGAGGCGGGAUCUUCGAUCAAGGUCGCACUGGCAGCUACGUGUGGGUUUGGGCUCAUCGCCUUUUUGUUUGCAUGGGUUACAGUGUUCAACAUUGACUCCUUUGGCGCCGGUCGCUUCUGUUGGCGACAUUCCCUCACACAUUCUGGACUCUUCUUGCCACCGGCUGUUGCUUCUGGAUUCCCUCGGAAAGCCGGGCUCACCUUGGGUUGA